CAAACCCUGUACGCACACAUGUUUCUUAUACAAACACUAUCUAACAGCAAUGCAGCAACAACACCAGAAACAAGAAGAGGAACAACGCACCAACACCAGCAAAGCCACCAACACAGCUCUCCACUCCCCCUCCACUCUUCCACCGUCCCAAAAUCACCAACUCCUCUCCUCCACCGGUGAAAAGGUCGAUGAUGCCACCCGCCUCCGCCCCGCCACGACGCCCGAGACGCCGCUGCACGAGGCGACGCAGCUCUUCGGCGAGUCGCUCUUCCGCCUGGACGCCUCGACCUGGAUCCACCCGACGGGCGAAGCGGGCUGCGGCGAGCGCUGUAAGGAGCUGUGCGUGAACAACAUCCUCCAGAUCUUUGGAGCGAUGGUCGGUGCAAUGAUGUACCUCCUGCUGAACCGCUGGCUGGAGAACAGGUCCAGGCCGCAGGAGCAGCAGCGGGGCUUGCGGACGAUCGAGGAAGGUGGCCUCGAGCUGGGCGUGGCGUCGAUGGGCACCUCUUCGAUGACACUCAGUCUGAGGCGGGCCUCGACUUUGCUGGAGGAAGAGGAGGAGGCAGCAACCAUGGGCUCAGCACAGGUGGCGCUCUCCAUGUGGUUGGGCAUGAUGUUGGAUGGCAUUCCCGAGGCCUUGAUGUUGGGCUUUAUGACCAAUGAGGGUGCCGUGUCCUUCGCCUUCCUCGUGGCGAUUUUCAUCGCCAACUUUCCCGAAGCCUUCAGUGGCUCCAGCCUGCUGCUGGGUCAGAAGAUGCCGGUCUCCAGGAUUUUGCUGAUGUGGGUGGUGCUCUUCUUGCUCACUGGUGUGCUUGCGAUGUUGGGCUCCCUCAUGAUGCCCAGCAACGUGGCACGGGGCUCGGACCUGGCGCGGAAGCGGGAUAAGGCGACGGCCUUGAUGGAGGGCAUCACAGGUGGUGCGAUGCUGGCGAUGGUCUCGACUGCCAUGCUGCCGGAGGCAUUCAAAGGUGCGGGUGAUAAGGCCGGUCUCAUCUUUGUGCUGGGCUUUGUGCUGUCGGUCUGGAUCACCUGCCUGGGCUAUCGCUUUGGAGGUCCUCAAGGCUAGGCGCGGCAAGGCCGCCGGACUGCCCAGCUGAAGCUGGGCGCGACUGCCCAGCUUCGGAUCCCCGGGUGUCCCCGCACAAAGGCUGCCGGGUGUCCGCAGAA